AGAGGGGAGUGCUCAGGAGGAGAGUGUUUGGGAAACCAGCGACACGCCGCUGCUGUUUUCUCCAAAAGAAAAAGAAAAGAAAAGGUGGACCGAAGUGUCAGGAGCUGCUUUUCCUUUUGCCAGCACUCCUCACUCCCGUUUACUUCCUUUCUCUCUCUCUUGCUCUCUCUCUCUCUCUCUCUCUGUAUUGCUGCGUCUGUCUGCUGACUUCUCUCAUUGACUCACUCCUCUCUGCUUCAGCUGGCUGACUGAGUGCGCUGACACUGGGACCACUACCUGCUGCCUGGGGAUUAAGCGCGCCAUGAAUACCCGGAGUCUAAUUUGUUGUUUUGGCUGCCAGUGAAUGUUGGAUCCCCACAGAGGAGAAGCUAGUGCAUAAAUCCUUGCGGCCAGGACACUGAAGCGCCUCUGGACUAAAACAACCCAGUGAAAAGGGGACUGGAUGCUUGAGGAAGCGUAUAAAAAAAGAGUCGACGAACCAGAGAAAGAAAGAAAAGCCCGGACAAGUUCUUUCCUGAAAGGCAGAAAUAGCAGAAGCUGAAUCAACUUAAGUCUUACGAGGAUCAGGGCGCAAUGAGACCCUUUUCCUCUAAUUAUCUGGUUGGGAUUCUAUUGCUCGGUGCUGACACAAGGGAAGAAAGCCCAACAAAUCUGUGCCUCGAGCUUCUUGGUUGAUUUCUGAUCACACACAGGUUUUUCUCCUUUUCUUGCCAUGAGUUCAUUUAUUUAGAUCGUCUCUGUGUUUUGCUGCUCAUCCGUAGCUGCUUGGGGGAGAAGACGGCUGUGCAUUGACAGGUUGAGUGGGGAUUGAGAUCCUUCUCUCCAACUUUUUCUCCCUCCCCAUCACUUUUCUGACCUGCAUUCGGCACCAGCGCACCAGCAGAGUGGGGGGGGAGGGGGGCGGAUGCUUACCCUCUCCACGAGACUGGCCGGGAAUAAAGGUUAUUGAACCGAGGAGUGUCAGGCACGCAGGAGAGAAGGGGAGGAAAAACAAACCAUCUCCGUGAACCCGGGAGCAUAUGGUUUAGCGAGCGGCAGCCAGCUGCUUUCCAGCCAUCCUGCUAAUCACGCUACAGCUGAUACAAGUUGCUCCGGUGACGGUGACAGAUUUGGACGGCUCUUACUUGCCGUGGUCGCAUAUCUCUUCACUGUGCCAGACUAUAGAAAACGAUAAGCAAAAACGAGCCAGUCUCCGGUGGAUACAAAGAAGCAGUUGUGUUGAGUUAGAGGCGCUCUGGGCAAAUCAUUGCUCAGGAGAGGAGCUAACCUUUGUUACCCCAACAGGCAACAGCCACAGGGAGGCUAAAAAAGAUGCUUGGCUGUCACCUCUUGGGAAAAUACUUGUGACACAUGUUGUUGGUGAGCACCAAACCUUGGCUUGGUGUUUAAAGGCUUUUGACAAGUAAAGGAGUGGGAGUGCUCUGAGAAGCUGCAUUCCCAGACCCCUUUCACGUCCAUCUCAUUACCAGUCAGGGUCACUGGGAGGAAAGGAGAGGAUUGCAUUUGUGGAUUUACUGUCAGCCUGCUUGGAAGUUUUCCGUGUGGAUAUUUGACAAUUUAAAAACACCCACAUCCUAACACACAAAUUUCUGCAUCUCAUACACAUACAUGCCAAAAGCGCACUGACGCACAGUUACAAACACAUUAUAACCACCCACCUAAAACCACACACGUUUUCACUGUAAGUAUAAACCAAUUCACAACACACACACACACUUAGCCACAGAUUUAAAGCCCAUUAGUUUUUUCCUAGUGGACACAGCAGAAUGGAGGUCGUGUGGACAGGUGGGGGGCUGUAGGAGUCCAACAUCUCUGUCCCUUUCCCCAAAUGGAUGUUAUUAUCUCUAAAAAUGUGUUGCUUGGAAACCGCUGAAAGCUUGCUGCUGCGAUUCUCUGACAGAAACGGUCACCGGGUCCUCGCCACGGUGCACAGCUGGAACCGCAGCUGAAACACCCGCCAUUACGAGUCUUUUUUUUUGUGCUUUUUUCUUUUAUCUUCAUCUUCAUCCUCUGCUCUACCCCGCCGCCAUCAUUUUUUCCAACGGGUCUUUGGGCACCCCUCGUCGCCCUCCUCGUCCCGUCAUCUCCUCCACCCUGGAGGGGAGGGGGUCAAUGGAGUGGAGCAUGAGCGGGUGCCACUAUCCCUCGCCACCGCCACAGGAGCAGGACCGCAGGUACCAACACAAGGUGUCCCUGGUGGUGCGCUACUUCAUGAUCCCCUGCAACAUCUGUCUGAUCCUACUGGCCACAUCUACACUGGGCUUCGCGGUGCUCCUGUUCCUCAACAAUUACAAACCUCCUCACUUCACUCCAGUCCAGCCUCCUGAUGGUUGCAGAGGGAUGUUGUGUGGCUUCGGCGCUGUAUGUGAGCGUGACCAGACUGACCCGGCCAAGGCAGUGUGUGUUUGCAAGAGAGUGGAUUGCCCAUCCUUGGUGGCGCCUGUUUGCGGCUCGGAUUCGUCCACCUACUCCAACGAGUGCGAGCUGGAGAAAGCCCAGUGCAACUCACAGAGACGAAUUAAGGUUCUGCGCAAGGGGCCCUGCUCUCUGAAGGACCCCUGCACCGACGUGGCCUGCAGCUACGGCAGCACCUGCGUCCAGUCGUCAGAUGGCUUGUCGGCUAAAUGCAUGUGUCCCCUCGGCUGUGAGGGUAAGCGCGAGCAGACAGUGUGCGGCAGUGAUGGAAAGGACUACCGCAACGAGUGUGAGCUCCAUCAGCACGCCUGCAAGAACCAGAGGAACAUACGAGUGCAAUACCAAGGGCACUGCGACCCAUGCAAAGACAAUGAGAACAGCCUGAACACGUUGUGCCGGGUGGAGGCUCUCACCCGCCAGCCCCAUAUCUUCAGCCGUCCGGAGUCGUGCCCCCCGGGUAAUGAGCCUCUGUGUGCCAGCGACGGCCAAACCUACACCAGCAAGUGCGCCAUGGAAGCAACAGGAGCACAGAAAGGGAUCAAGCUCAGUAAGAUCUACGCAGGACGAUGCAGAAGGCUAGAGGACUGUCAGGAGGAGUGUCUCUUCAACGCAGUGUGUCUCGUGGAACAGCUGAGCGCCCGCUGCUCCUGCGAUCCCAUCGAGUGUGACGGCACCUACAAGCCCGUGUGCGGCAAGGACGCCCACACCUACACCAACGACUGUAUUCGACGCAAGGCGGAGUGUCUGAGCAAGACCCUCAUCUCCAUCAAGCACCAGGGGCCCUGUGAUCUCAACAUACCGAGCCCCUGCCUGGAUAAGGUGUGCGAGCAUGGGGCGGUGUGCGUGGUCAAGAACAACGAGCCAGUGUGCGAGUGCCCUGAGGCCUGCCCGCAAACGUCCGACCCAGUGUGCGGAUCCGACGGCCACAGCUACGGCAGCCCCUGUGAGAUGCGAGCGAUGGGCUGUGCCCUGCAGAAGGCCAUUCACAUCCAACACAAAGGACCCUGUGAUGAGUCUUGUGCCAAUUGCUCUUUCGGGGCAAUCUGCGAUGCCCAGAGCGGGCAGUGUGUGUGUGCAUCAGAGUGUGUGGAGUCCAACCAGCCUGUGUGUGGCAGCGAUGGCAGCACCUACAACAGCGAGUGUGAGCUCCACGUGCGGGCCUGUAAACAACAGAUGGACCUUCGAGUGGUCAGCCAGGGAGAGUGCAAAACAUGUGGCAGCACUGUCUGUGCCUGGGGUGCCCGGUGUGUCCAGAAUAAGUGUGAGUGCCCACAGUGCUCAGGCGAGGCCUUCUCCCCAGUGUGUGGAAGUGAUGGCACCACCUAUAACAAUGAGUGUGAACUCCGCACGUCCACCUGCAUGCAGAAGAGGAGAAUUGAUGUGGCGAAGCCUGGCAGCUGCGAUGAAGACUGUGGCUCAGGAGGGUCAGGCUCAGGCGUGGAGAGCUGUGAACAGGACCGCUGUCGCAUGUUUGGAGGCUCGUGGGACGAGGAUGCAGAGGAUGACCGUUGUGUCUGUGACUUCAGCUGCCAAAGUGUGCCUCACAACCUGGUUUGUGGCUCAGAUGGAAAAAACUACAGCAACGAGUGCCAGCUGAAGAAGGCCAGAUGUGAGAAACAAGAGCACUUGCUGAUUCAGAAUCAGGGACCAUGUGCAGCGAUUUCAGCCACAUCUCUGCCUGAGCUGCCCGCACCCCAGCACUGCAGCCUGUCUGUGUACGGCUGCUGCCACGACAACGUGACGGCCGCCUUGGGAGUCGGACUGGCAGGAUGUCCCAGUACCUGUCAGUGUAAUGUCUACGGCUCCUACAAGGGGACGUGUGAUCCAGCCUCCGGCCAGUGCUCCUGUAAGCCGGGUGUCGGGGGACAGAAGUGUGACCGCUGCGAGCCGGGCUUCUGGAACUUCCGUGGCAUUGUGACAGAGAACAUGAGUGGCUGCACGCCUUGUAACUGCGAUGCCACAGGCUCGGUCCGGGACGACUGCGAGCAGAUGUCGGGCCUGUGUUCCUGCAAGACGGGAGUGAAGGGCAUGAAGUGCAACGUGUGUCCAGAUGGAAGCAAGAUGGGCAUGAAUGGCUGCGACAAAGGUCCUGAGGCCCCGACUUCAUGUGAAGAGUUAGUGUGCAAUUUUGGAGCUACUUGCAUUGAGGUGAACGACCAAGCCCACUGCGAGUGCCCUUCACCUGACUGCGAUGAGAAAAACAAAACCAAGGUGUGUGGCUCAGAUGGGGUGACCUAUGCUGACCAGUGCCAGCUGAGGACCAUAGCCUGUAGGCAGGACAAGGACAUCACAGUGCAACACUUUGGACAGUGCACAGAAACCAUCUCUGAGCCGGCAGACCGGCCCACCCCAAACCCCUCAGCCACCACCCACAGCUCAACCGCUGCCGCCACCAUCACCACCCCCGCCCCUUUCCACCCUGACAUGGUGUGGGCCAUCCCGCCUCCACAGACGGAAGAGACAGAGACCACCGAGCGGCCCCCGGCCACCACCCCCUUUUCCACCCUCAUCCACAACAAAGCAAACAGCCGCCUCUCCAUCCACACCCAGCCUCAGCCGCCGAAGUCCACCGCUGCUGCCGCCACCACCACCUCCUCCUCCCACAGCGGCCCUGCUCCCUCCGCCGCUGCGUCCUCCUUCGACGGUUCGGGCAGCGGGGAGCCAAGUGGGGACGACCAGACCGAAGAAGAGGAGGAGCAGGAAGAGGAAGCGGGCAGCGGCAUCCCAACGGAGGCCAGUGGGGCAGAGGAGCCUGUCGGUCCCACGCUGGCAAGCACCACUAUACCCACAGCUGAGGACAGGUCAUCCUGUGAAAACACGGAUUUCGGCUGCUGCCCCGACGGCAAGACACCAUCCAGCACUCCAGAGGGCGCCAACUGCCCCUCCCGCCAUGCCUCGGCCAGCUUUUUGGAUGAGUCUCAGUCUGCCACCAUGAGGUUCAGCGGUUUCCUGCACUUGGACCAGGUGGAGGGCCAGGAGAUUUUCUACACCCCCGAGAUGGAGGACCCCAAGUCAGAGCUGUUUGGAGAGACAGCCCGUAGCAUAGAGAGUGCUCUCAAUGAGUUAUUCAGGAAGUCGGAGGUGCACAAAGACUUUAUGAGCGUUCGUGUCCGGAACCUGGCGCCCAGCAACUCCAUCCUGGCCUUUGUGGAGGCCCAUUUCAAACCAGAUACAAGGUACACGGUGGAGGACAUCGAAGGAGCCCUGCUGAAACAGCUGAAGGCCUCUAAAGAGACCAGCAUCGCCGUGAAGAAGCCGGAGGACGAGAAUAUACGCUUCACCAAUUAUGGCCUCUCCUCCCCCUUCUUCACCACCACUACCACCACCACCACGUCAGUCACCACAGCUGCUCCCACCACCACCAGCACCACCACCAGGCCUCCAACAACCUCCCCGUACAUCAUCCGUCGCCCACCAGGCACUACCCGCAGGCCUUCCAAUGGCAGACGUACCACCACAGCCUCUGCGCCGGUCACCACACCACGACCAACCACCACCACGGUAGCCGUCACCACGACGGCCCUGCCUCCAGCCACCACCAUUGCCCAUGUUAGGGGCAAGCUUCACCACAAGUCCCAGAAACCUUGCGGCUCCCACCCCUGCCUCCACGGGGGCACCUGCGAGGACGACGGCAGUGACUUCAGCUGCAAGUGCCCCGCGGGACGAGGAGGCUCCGUGUGUGAGAAGGUGAUCAAGUACUUCAUCCCGUCCUUUGGAGGCCAAUCAUACUUGGCUUUCCCAACCAUGAGUGCCUAUCACACGGUCCGCAUCGCCAUGGAGUUCAGAGCAUCCGAGAUGACCGGCAUCCUGCUCUACAAUGGCCAAGAAGGCAAGAAGGACUUCAUCUCCCUGGCUCUGGUUAACGGCAAGGUGGAGCUCAGGUUCAACACAGGUUCGGGCACAGGCACAGUGGUGAGCAAAGUACAAAUCAAUCAGGGCCGCUGGCAUCAGCUGGUAGUGACUCGCAACCGGCGCAACGCCAUGCUCAGCGUGGACAACGAGCCGCACAUCGAGGGCGAGAGUCCACGCGGCACAGACGGCCUCAACCUCGACACCAACCUGUUCAUUGGGGGAGUGCUCGAGGAAAUGAAGCAAGAUGUGAGGGAAAGGACCGCGGUGGCCACAGGUCUGGUGGGCUGCAUUCGCUUGUUGGAUGUCAACAACAGGGUGCUCAACCUGCAGGAGAGCGAGGGUGACAGUCUGUACGGCAGCGGCGUUGGUGAAUGUGGCAACAACCCCUGCCAGCCAAAUCCUUGCAAUAACGGCGCUGCAUGCCAGGUCAAGGAGGCAGAGAUGUUCCACUGCAAGUGCAGCAAAGGAUUCUGGGGUCCAACUUGUGCUGAUGUCCAUGACCCAUGCGAGCCCAACAGGUGCCAUCCAUCCUCCCAGUGCCAGGUGCUGCCCGAGGGAGGAUACAAAUGCGAGUGCCCCAUGGGACGUGAAGGGAGGCACUGCGAGAAAGUGGUUGAGAGGAGAGGGGCUUACAUGCCGCUAUUUAACGGAGACUCUUACCUGGAGCUGAAGGGGCUCCAUCUCUACGGGCAUGAUCUGCGUCAAAAGGUCAGCAUGACAGUGAUUCUUAUGGCCAAUGACUCCAACGGUUUGAUCUUCUACAACGGCCAAAAGUCGGACGGAAAAGGAGACUUCAUCUCUCUGUCCCUCAAUAAUGGCAUCCUGGAGUUCCGCUACGACCUGGGGAAGGGACCCGCUACCAUCAGGAGUAAUGAAGCAAUCCAGCUGAACGUGUGGAACACCAUUAACUUGGAGCGCUCCAACCGCAAAGGAGAGAUCAUGGUGAACAAGAAGGACCCUGUCCGAGGAGAGGCACCAAAAUCACGCAAGAACCUGCACGUAGAUCUUAACCUGAAAGAGUCUCUUUUUGUUGGCGGAGCUCCCGAUUACAGCCGACUAGCAAGAGUUGCUGCACUCACGGACGGCUUCAAGGGAACAAUCCAGAAGAUCAUUCUGAUGGGUACCACCAUCCUCAGAGAGGAGAACGCCCUGCGCUCCAGCAACAUAGCCAUGUUCCAGGGCCACCCGUGUUCCCAGGAGCCCUGCCACAACAGCGGCCGCUGCAACCCUAUGCUGGACAACUACGAGUGCGCUUGCCUCAGCGGUUUCUCAGGGGGACGCUGUCAGAACACCAUCUACGAGAAGUCUGCCGGAGAGACCGAGGCCAUUGCCUUUGACGGGCGGACGUUCAUCGAGUACCACAACGCUGUUACAAAGAGUGAGAAGGCUCUACUGGUGAACAAAUUUGAGCUGAGCAUCCGGACGGAGGCGACCCAGGGCCUGGUGCUGUGGAGCGGGAAGGGCGUGGAGCGCUCUGACUACAUUGCCCUGGCCAUCGUGGACGGACACGUCCAGAUGACAUACGACUUGGGCUCCAAGCCCGUGGUGCUGCGCUCCUCAGUGCGCGUCAACACCAACCGCUGGAUACGCAUCAAGGCCAGCAGAGCACUAAGAGACGGCUCUCUACAGGUUGGCAAUGAGGCAGCGGUAACAGGGUCGUCGCCUUUGGCAGCAACACAGCUGGACACAGACGGAGCGCUGUGGUUGGGUGGUCUAGAGGAGCUGUCGGUGGCCCGUCGGUUGCCCAAGGCCUACAGCACCGGCUUUGUUGGCUGCAUCAAGGACGUGGUGGUGGACGGUGUGGAGCUCCACCUGGUGGAAGACGCCUUAAACAGCCCCAGAAUAUUACACUGUUCCGCCGCCAAAUAACCCAGCAGAGACAAAAUAUUAGGAAAAACGGAAAAAAAGAAACCCUCCCACUUGCUCCCUCCAUAGCGCCCAUGUCUCCUGCUGUAAUUAUUUUCUAUUUUUGUAUACUUUUCAUCGCUUUUAUAUGGAAAGAAAAUGAAUAUGUUGUUUUAAUUUUUGUUUUAUAUAUUUUGUUCUUUUCUUUUUUUUUUUUAUCUGCACCUCCAUAAACAGAACACACUUUGUUUUUUUCUUUACUGCCAUGGUCCUUCAUCUUUUUUUUCAAAAAGCAGGCAUCUCUGUGAAAAAGAGAUAUUUUUAUUCUUGUCAGUUUUGUUGUUUAAAACAAAUGCCAACUUAAAAAAAAAAAGAAGAAGCCUGCUCCUUUUCCUCGCUCAUUACUUGAACACUGGCGGGCCACACUAAUGAUCUCUGGUUACUGCCUUGUCUUGGUGCCAUAUCUAUCAUCCACAUUCCCCCAAGCAUGGCCGAUACAUCGAUGAGUACAUAGACAUACAUUCCCCCCUGUGAAAGCUGGUACACAGUGUGUGCAGCUCUUUGAUGCUGCAGCCAGCUGGCGUCUCCAGUCAAGAAACUCUGUAAUCAGCCCCGGUAGCCCACUGUAUUUUCCUAAUGGGACUUUUUAGAUAUCAGUCAAGCUGCUACAGUGAGAAAGUACAAAGUCGAAACCACUCCAUCAACCCCUCAUCUCACAGCACCAAAAAAGAAGAAGAAAAAGAAAAGAAAAAACUCUCCACUCAAUCUGAAUCCCAUCAGAGCCUUUAGUUUUGAAAUAUGACUCACUAACACUGCAACCCUACAUGACGGAGAGAGCGCUGCGUUCCACAAUGACUCGCAUAUCAUUAGUCAUAAGUCAAAACCUGAAUAAAUGUUAUAAAUAUAGAGUAUAUAAAUAAUACCUGAGACUGUGAAUAUGUAAGAUGGGUUCUCUUUGGAGAAUUGUGCUUCUCAUGUACUAUUGUGCGUUCUGUUUUACAAUCCGCAGAUGAACUAAUAAUGACCACUAUAAAUGCAUGCACUUCUGCAGUGUUGGGUUGAAUCUGGUUUUUGUUUGUUUGUUUUAUUUACGUUUUUUUCCAACAACAACAAAAAAUUUACUAAUUUGGAAAAUGUCACUGUUUGGGGGUUUGUUUGUUUUUUUGCAAUGACUAAGGUUCCUUUUUUUUCUUAUUUCCUUUGAUGUGAUUUCAGAAACUACAGAGCUUGGAACCAUGUUUUAUAUUUGUUUAUUCCCUGUAUCUUUUUUUUGGUUUCUUUAUUUUUCUUUGGGGCAGUUAGUUUUGCAGGACCUGGAAUGGUGCAUAGGGGGAAAAGUUGUUACCAUAUCUGACCUUAAGGAGGUGCUGAAAGCAAAGACUGAAGAAAAGGACAGACAGAAAGGAGGCGAGGAGAGAUGUUAUCAUGGGGAGAGCUACUACUCUUGGGAAUGUCCCGUCAAACAACAGUCAGUCGUCAACACAAACAAACAAAAAAGCUUCAAAAACUCUGCCUGAGACUUAAUUUCUCUUCGUAUUUGACCUAGGAGCAUUCCUGGAGGAUUUUCUUUUUUUCGGCUGUUAAGAGCGAGAGACUGUGAUGUUGUUGUGACCUUUUGAAGCCAUAACAGCCACAAAAAUGGGAAAAGAUGCAUAAUCUUACAGUACUUGCAAAUUAACAUAGCAACGCAUGGGUUUGUGCAUUACUAGUGCAAAUUCUGUAACAUUCAGUGAACUGAUGCAAUGUGGAGUCGUCUUUGCUGAACCACAAUAAGCUGCGAUGACUGACUUAAGGACACUUGUUUUGAUAUGAGAACUUUGGCAAUAUUCUAAGACAAAAUCAUGCCUGUUCGUGGUUGAGUAUCAAAUGGUCUUGUGCUAUAUAUUCUUUUUUUUUCUUAAGUUCUUAAUUAUGUUUUCCUUCUUAAAUCAUCAAACAACCUGUUUUUGUACAGCCCUGCAAUUUUUAAGUGUAAAUUUAGCAAAUGUGUUAUCUGUGGAGGUUUAUGUUUUUAGUAAUAUACACUGGAACCAUGUCAGACUUGUCCGUUCGACCACACGAUGAUAUACUCAUGUACAUGGGGGAGGGAUAGCCCUAAAGCUAUAACUGUGUUGUGUAUAAUCAAGCUCCGAGUGUCCGUACCAGACUCUUUUCUGGUGUCCCAAGACACUUCUAAAUUCCAGCACUCACUCUAUUAACCUUAGACUGGUUCUUUGCAUUUGAUCCAUUCAGGUGGUGACACUUAAUAAAGAAGAGAUUCCUGUGUAUUUGGACAGACUCGAGAACAAUAAAGACAAUUGCAGUCUAUGGUUUUGGUGGAAACUAUUUGCCUUAAAAACCGGUCACCUCGACUCUGAGAAGGUGACAAAGACGUCAUUCAUAUAACUGUUCCUUAUUUUAGCCAGUGUAUUAGCCUCAUCCCCAUAAUGUAAAUGAGUAAUACAUAAUAAUAAUAAUGAUGAUAAUUAUAUUAGUAAUAAUGCUCCUACAUAAAAAAAAAAAAUCCCAGGAGGCCUCUGCAAAUGUCCCCUCUGGCUUUUUACAAAAAAUCUUCUAUUUACUGUUUUAGAAUCUAUUUUCUGUUCCUUAUUUAUGUCUACAUGUGGAUUACCCUCCAUGUCUGGCCUCUGUAAACUACUGUCUGACUGCGCAAACCUCCUCAAAGGGCAGUGCACCGAGUAAGAGUGGCAUGACCUGAACAUUACUAACUUUAUGACCUUUGUCUUGUGUUCCUACCACCAUGAAAUAAAAUGUCAACCAAAUGGA